AUGGGUAUUUUAUGUGUAUUUGACCCUAGCUCUAAUUACCAACCCGCCUCCAGCCGAUCCAGGGAAGAUCCUCCCUCAAAUCCAUCCCAUUCCUAUGACGCUGACGAAGAUAGGUCACGCGGAUACUCCUCUAAGGGCCGGUUCUCUCGCACCAAAGGCCUUUCAAUUAGAGCAGGAGCUGGUACUGGAACAUCUUCCUCUCAUACUGGAAGUCCCAGCACCGCCAAUUCAACCUCUGAAGAGAAGGUCAUUUGGACUCCAAAUCGGGCUCAUAAUCAUCGCCCCCAAGGUUACUCUUCGAUGAGGAAAACCCAACUGCAUAAGAAUGACCCAUAG